UUACGUGGGGUUUGCUCGGUUCUCCUGCAACCGUAGAGAAGGCGUGCCGAGCGAACUCAACAGGAGUAAUUUUGCUCUUUGAAAAUGAAAGUGAGGGUAGUCUGCAGGAAAAUUUAUGAUUACAUUCGCUAUGAUCUCAAAGAAAUUGCUUUCCCCUCGUCCUUGCCCGAUCCUCCUCAUCUCGUUAAAGAGCGUCGGAAGUUGAACUGGCAGGAGCGCAUUUGGGUUUUGAAGACGGCGGCUAGGCUUUACGCCGCAAGCUGGGUUCGGGACAUCGGUCCUGAUCUUCGGCCGCAUGAAUAUAAGAAAGGCGGAUUGACUGACGAAGCUAAUAAAGGAAAGAAAACUCCCCAAGAAAGAGAACCCUCUAUCCUGGAGGAUCUUGCUGUGGCUGCCAGAGGGGGAAUGGAGACUCUUAGACCUGCUUUGCAGCGUAUAUAUAUGACCAGAGCUUCUGCUUAUAGAGAUGCUCUCAAAAGUUUUAUAGAAGGGUACCAAGAGGGGGUUCAGGGAGUGAUGGAGAAAAAGGAAGAUUAUAAUCCUGAAAAUGCCACUCAGCAAGUCAUGGAGAAGAAGGAAGAUUAUGAACCAGAAGAUGCUAAUCAGCAAGUGAUGGAGAAGAAGGGAGAUGCUAAACCUGACGAUGCCAUUCAGCAUGUAAUGGAGAAGAAGGAAGAUUCCAAACCUGAACAUGGCGACGUAGUCAAAAAAUCAACUUGAACUUUUUUUAUAGGUGGCAAGUUGUUAGCUCUUAUCCAGCACAUCUGUCAGUCAUUUAGUACAAGGCACUCAUCUUUCGAGAAAUUAGUGGCAAUCCCCUUGUAUUCAAGGGUUUUAUUUUACAUUCCCAUAAAUGUUUCCAAAUUUAGGUGUAUUUUGGUUGCUUUCUCUAAUUUGGUUGUCCUGUCUUCAGUUACUGUCGUGAUUGUUAAUGCUGUUUAGAUAGUGGCUGACCAUAUGGGCCCUGUAAUAGUUUCACAAUCACUGCAAGACUGUAUGCUGAAGAAGUCACGGCUGGCCUGUGUAAAAAAGAAUGGGAAAGAGAGGGAGAAAUUUUCUCCCAUAGAUAUAGGAAAAGACUUUUUUGCCAUCCAUCAAUGUCAAUCACAAAAAUAUGUCUCUUUA